AUGACUGCGAACGCAUCUCCGAACCUACACCUUCAGAGAUCCGACGCCUGCCCUAGUGGCUCAUCGCAAUGUACUGGUGAUGGCUUGCCAGACAGCUUUUGCUGUGCUUCGUCAUCGACCUGCGUUAGCAUCGACAGUGGAAGCUCGGUUAUCUGCUGCCCAGACGGCCAGGACUGCACGUACAUUGAGCCCAUCACAUGUGAUGUGACGAAGCAAGACACCAGUCUCUACCCUAGCAAUGUGAUCAAGACCACGAGGCUGGAUGACGAUCUACCUACAUGUGGGGAUUCAUGCUGCCCGUUUGGGUACACUUGUCAGGGCGACUUCUGCGCCAUGGACGACACUUCUUCAUCCACAUCAACCCAUAGCAAGACAACUGAGACAACAACGUCAACACCAACGCCAACCUCAACUUCCGACACUAUUUCAACAGAGACUCCAGAGCCUUCUCCAACCACAACCAAUGGAGCUACAGCAGAGUUUACAUCUGCCACGGGAGAAAUCUCAACUAUAACCUCGGAAGCGACACCAACGAUAAUCACACUGGCAACACCAACACUCUCUCAAUACUCUGCUGCAUCAGACAGCACCAGCUUGGAUACGGCCGAAGCUAAAUGUCCCACCUUUCCAACCAACGCUGUUCUAGCCGGCUUCUUCCCCGGCACGGUCUUUGGCGCCGUGGCCGCACUCCUUCUCAUCGUCUGCAUCCGCAGACACCAACGACACAACCGCCCGCCAGGCGAAAAGGUGGCCCAAAACACAUUUCGCAAAUCAACCGGCACCCUAAUCGGCAUCUCCGACCCCAUCCCCUCCGACGAAAGCUCCUUCCGCACAGAUUUCCUCCUCCGCACGAACCCGAAACGCAACUCCGAAGGUGCCCGCUCCGUCCUCCAGCGCAGCAGAUCCCGUGUCAAGAGCUUAUUUGGCGGAGGCCCGAAACCAAAUCCCACCGCGGCGGAAGAAAUACCGCCUGUUCCCGCAAUGCCCAUGACGCCGCCCCGCCAGCGCCAACCGAGCACAGAGAGUAUCCAUAUCUACACACCACCUGGGGUAUUCGCAAGCUCGGGUACCCUCAAUCCAGCACCGUACCCUGAUCAGCGGCCGAAUACAACCUUGACUGAGAUCCUGGAUCGAGCGCAGGCGCAAAUGCAAGCAAAUUCAACUGCGAACAGCGCUAGCAAUAGUAAGACGAACAGCGUUGCUACAACUGCGACGAACCAGCGCUUCUUGCUCCCGCCGGGACAGGGCUCAGCUCGCCGAAAGCCGCUGCCGUAUUGA